AUGAUAAAUUGGCUGACAAAUGAUGUUUUAACAAUAUCAAUUAAAGUUGUAACAGAACAAAAAAAAUUACCACCAAAAAUUAAUCGUCCAUUGAUAUCUGGAUUGUUAUCAUAUCUUGAAAAUAAAAAGUUUAGUGAUAUUAUUUCUGAAGUUGAUGGAAAAGAGUUUAAAGCCCAUAAGAUGAUAUUGUCUCUUAAAAGUCCAGUAUUUUCAGCAAUGUUUGAUCACGAAUCCAUGAAAGAAUCAAGAGAUAAUCGUGUUGUCAUUAAUGACAUUGAUGUAGAUGUGGUUAAACAAAUGUUAGAGUAUAUUUAUACUGAAAAAACACCAUCAAAAAUUAAUGAUUGUGUUCAAGACCUCCUCGGUGCUGCUAAUAAGUAUCAAAUUGAUGACUUAAAAGAAAUUUGUGAAAAUAAUAUAAUGGGAAAAAUAACAGUUGCUAAUGCUGUUGAUACGUUAGUUGUUGCUGAUCGUUAUGAUACAAAAGAAUUAAAAAACAAAGAGUCUCAGUAUCGUUAUCAUGUCUAA